CUUGUGUUCUCCUCUGAAGCUACGAUUGUAAUGUGGUUCGCUAGAUUCAAAAUUUGAAAAAAUUCAAAUUUUCAGCCGAAAUGUCAAUCAGUUUAUUAUUGGAUCUGAGAAUUAAAGUGUGCCGCAUACUUUGAUUUGAGAACACGAUGAAGAGGAUUUUUCGCCCAGAUCCCAUUACAGAGUUAAGGAUGAACCAAUGGAUAUGGAUUUUCCAGAAGAAGAAGAAGAACCUCCAGCAUUUGGUCCUGCCGCGCUUGGACUACAUAGAGUCGGAACCAAGUUACCGCCAAAACCAGCACCAAGUGAACCCGUCCAAAAGUUGAAUGCUCGUGGCAUGCCAGCUCGUAUACGAAAGAAAAACAGAUUCAUAUUUGUUGAUGAUUUUGUGAAUACAUCACCUCCACGUCAGUCACCCAAACGAACCCCGAAAAUUAUAUCAAAAACUCCUAAUAAACAAUCAAGUGCUAAAAAACAGAAGUCACCUUCUAAAGUUCAAAGGGCAAAUGAAAAGUAUGAUGAGAAGUCUGAACCCGUUGGAUCACAAGCACAAGACACAAAAUCUGGUCACAGGAAUGGAAUGCGUUUAAGAAAUCUUCUUAAAUUACCCAAGGCUCAUAAAUGGGUAUGUUUUGAGUAUUUCUACAGUAACAUUGAUAAAGUGUUAUUUGAUGGAGAAAAUGAUUUCAUGAUUUGUUUGAGGGAAUCUUUUCCCCAACUAAAAAACCGCAAAUUAACUCAAGUGCAAUGGUCUAAAAUUAGGCGCAUGAUGGGCAAGCCACGGCGAUGUUCCCAAGCAUUUUUUGACGAAGAACGCAAAGAACUUGAAAGAAAACGUAAGCUGAUUCGAUUUAUACAGCAAAGGAAAGCUGCUGAUAUCAGUGUUAAGGACUUACCAAAUGAAAUACCAAUGCAAUUAGUAGUGGGAACUAAGGUAACAGCGAGAUUACGUAAACCUCAGGAUGGUUUAUUUACAGGAUGCAUUGAUGCAGUUGAUACAUCCAAUAACACAUACAGAAUAACUUUUGAACGCCCUAAACUGGGUACACAUUCUGUGCCAGAUUAUGAAGUUUUAUCUAAUGAACCUCCAGACACUAUUAGUCUAUCCAGUAUAACCAAGAAAUUUCGCCCAAGAUUUGUUCUCCAAGAUAUAUUUAACUUGUAUGAACCAACAAACAAUAAUUCUCAAGGUGACCCACUUAUUGGUUGUUCAGACAUAGCAAAACAAAUAGAUACCAUUGGCAGUUACCCAUUUGCCCUUUUAGAACUCAUUGUCAAAUUAAGAAGAAUAUUAAAUGCUAAAAGAGACAAAAUUAAUUUAUUAAAAGAAUAUAACUGUGAUGCUGAAAAAAGGAAAUCAUUUGGCCAGAAGAUGCCUGAGGACUUUGAAAGAAAAUAUGCUGCAGUUGUAAUUGAGUUGGAAAAAAUGAAUAUGGAUUUACAAGAUUAUAUUAAUGAUGUACAACAGUACUGUCAACAAAUAGCUCCGGAGCCAAGUUUAGCUGCAAUGUUAGUGCCUUCACAUUUGAGAGAAAUAUGCAGAGAGAAAGCAUCUUUGUUGGUUGAAAAAAAUAAUAAUGGAUCAGUCAAAGACCCCAAUCUGAUUGAUCUUAUCACAGAUCUUAUUGCUUUAAUGCUUCAAGUAAAAAGUUUGUCAGAUUCUGAUCAAAAUGCAUAUGAAUUAACAGUUUUGCAAGGCACAAUGGAACAAAUUAAAAUGAAGUUAGAACCACAACAUCAAAAAUUAUUUCAAAAUAAUGUUGAGAUUCAUAUGCACCUGAUUCAAAUGGGGCUAGGGCAAAUGACUCCCAACAGUUAUGUUGCUGGUAGUGUGCAAUAAGAUUAUAUUUUAUUUGACAUUGUGAUCAUUUGCUGGAUGCUUAAUGAAUUUUAUUUAAAAAUAAAUAAAUAAUAUGUGAAAUAAUUUUGUCUUGGAAAAUAUACAUAUGUGGUGCAUCAUAGUUAUCCUAUGAUUUAAACGUGAAUUUCUAGUGGAAAUGUUGUAAAAUAAAUAAAUCAUUUUUUAAGGAAAUAAGCUUAUUCUAGAAUUGUAAUUUAUUAAGAUUUGGUUACAUGGUUUUGUGCUCUGUGCCAUGAAUAAGUACUGCCUGGUAUUUACAUGUGUAGCCAAGAAAUAAAAUAUGACAAGUUUAUAAAA